AACUUUCCAAUACAGCAAAAUUGCAUGUAUAUUGCAAAAAUUAUCAUCGAGUAUAGUUUUCUUCCCAAUAUAACUCAAUAUUCAGGAAUACUCUUCGCACGUUCGUGGUGUAAAAUCAACCCAAUCGGAACUUCUCGUCCAUCAAGUCAAGUUUUUGAAUAACCAAGUCUCGACGAUGUGGUAUGACGUAAAUGUCUUCGUAAGAACAAGACGGUGAGGCGUGUUUUAAGGUUGAACGUCCGUUGUACAUGGUUGUACCACGGUCGACCGGGUGAAACUUGUACCGUCCCUUUGGCGUUCUUCGGUCAACCGUUCUUCUCAAACUCCUAUGUAGAACCAGCCGACUUAAAGAACCUUGGACAAAUAAAAACGCGCCCAUGUUUGAUUUAGAGAGCAUAGGAUUAGACUAAUUGGACAACGAGGUUAUCGCAUUUGAAUCGCCUUGACACUUGUAUCUGAUCAUUGAGCCGUCUGGGCAACUUUGACAGCAUGCCCUGGCAUAAUUUAUCCGAAUUUAUCCCGUGGAUACUCGCGAUCUUUUUCGUCCUGUUCUUAAUUGCUUGCUGCUCGUGGCUCUACAGAUGUGUACAGAAAUGUGAGGAUCAAUGCCCUGGUAUAUUACCAGCUCGAAGCCCAUACAACCCAAACUCUCCCAUGACGCCAUUCCCUAACAUCAGACACACGAGGAACUGCGAGAGUACAAGACGUAUGACAAUGCGACGGGCGACCCAAGAAUCAAAUAAUGAGCCAUCGGGUAGUAUCAUGUCCUCUACGUCGAUUGUUCAUUAUCAUGGACCGAAAUCACCACCCUACGCAGAGCGCCCUCCACCGCCCUCUUAUGAAGAGGCUUGCGGUUCCGGUGUCCCCUCCCUAUCGCAACAGCAGGCUACGAGUGCCGCAAUAAUCGAUACUGAACCGAUCCCGACUGAAAACAUCGAAUCGGUGUCAGUGUCGAGUGUGCCUCACUCUGAUGUACGUGAUGUCGUCAAUGACUCGGUUGUCAUUGAUAUCCCACAAGACGAGCCACUCAUAAAUGACGAUGACGACGAUGACGACGACAUGGAAUUACAAGAUGUCGUCAUUGAACCAACAGCAUUGGAAACAGCUAAUAGUGACGUCAUGGAGACUGGUGAUCACGUGUUACUUUGAAUAUUGAUAAACUAUGGAAGUAAUGGACCCGUCUGGGGAAAAUGAGCAUGAAAGAAAAUAAUUAUUUAUUAAAAACACUUUAAGAAUUGAAAGUUCAAGAUGAUAGGAGCAUGACCAUCCUAUAGGGUCUGUAUACUAUGGUGGCCCUGAAGGGACAUCGGACAUCGCACAUCGCAAUCUUUGCAAAUUGGCGAUGUGCGAUGCCCCUUCAGGGCCAUCAUAGUACACGUUUGGUUAUGGCUCUGAAAACAAUUGGCAAUAAAAACUUACGUGGCAAGAAGUCACAGUAGAUUUGCAAUGCAUUUUGAGAAACACAAUACAAAAAAUAAUUUACGCUUCGCAGAUUGUGUAUUCAUAGGGAUUUCUUACAUAAGUUACUCACGUUGUACACAAUACCGAGACAGGAGGUGGAAAUAGUCGGGUACUUCGUUGUGUAUUGUUUAUUGCGAAUCCAGUGUGGAGUGUACAUGCAGGGAACCUGACCGACACCGCUGUAUGGAUGGUUUGAUUCUUUGAAAAUAAGUUUUGAUCCUCAGAGUUUGUGUGUAACAUCAAAUCUUACUUACUAAAUUUUGUGCCAUCAGAAUACCACUCAAACAACUUACAUUACUUGGAAUUUGGCUCAUAGUCUUUGUACAUAUGUAUGGGAUUUAAGACGUGUGUUUCAAUGUGGUAAUGCCGCCAUCUUGCUUGGUAGAUUAUAUUCUUUUGAGAACAUGUCUUGCUGUAUACUACCGCAGAGUAGAGUUUCGGAAUUCGUGAGACUUGUUUAUUUUGUGUGUGUGUUUUCUUUUAGAAAGGAAAACCAAAGCUUGGUAAAUGUGCAUCACCGAACAGUGGCCAUUGUUUUUUCUUUUUAAGAUGCCCUUUUUAUUUUGUAAGUGAAUGUUUGAGAAUAUUUGAUGGUUUAUUGUAAAUGUCAUUAAUAUCUCAUCCAUGACUACGGUGAACACAAGCAACAACUUUAAGCCGAAGUUUUAAUUAAAAAUUCCAAAUAUAUAUCGGUGACAAGUCUUUGUUUACGUAUUUAGCACAACCAUUUUGCUUUGUCACGAUCCCAUUAGCAUGUAUUUUAAUUAUGGCGUGUCCCGGAUGUUUGUGAGUUUAAAGGCAUUUGACACCUUUGACACCUGAAGACGCUCAGAGUAUACCGAUCGAAACAUUGAGUCGUUAACUAUUUACUUUUCAGAACCAACACUACUCAAAUCCACCUUAGUUAUGUAUAGAUGUAAAAUAGUCGAAUGAUAACAUGGUGACAUGUCAGGGUUGAUAGGAGGUAUAGAGCGGAAACUACAUUUCCU